AUGUCUUUUACAGUAUCUGAAUGUUCCGACGAGAAGAAUGUUUCUCAUUCACAACACUCUGACGAAGAGUCUAUUGAUGAAGAAUGUAGUGAUCUUGGUGGCAUGGAGGACUCAUUGUGCGAGGAUGGUGAAGAAACCAAUGGGGAUGAUGAUUUAGAGCUUGCUCCUGAUAUGCUGCCAGCAAAGCGGCAAGGCCUUCCAUCUAGCUUGAAAUCUACAAUAUCUGAGAUAGCCACUAUGCCUAUACCAGCCUCGCGCAUUUUCGGCAUUCACAGCCCUGAAGCAAGCUUCACGAAGGUCCUGCUCAGGGAAUUGGCUGUGUCGGAGUUCCCUCCAAUGCCUUCGAAGCCACUUCUUCACUAUAGAGAAAGUCAACUGAAGCUCUCCUCGAUCGGAUUGAAGUCUGGGGAGUAUGGUGGUAGAAAAACAACUUCCCGUAAAGCGUCACUCUUCUCGGAAACCGUCAUCACGUUCGGCCGCUAUCCUCUUCAAGCGUUUAUAGGUGAUUCCAAGGUCCCCGAGGUUGCGAACAUCAGCGAUGUGCUCGAUCUCCCAUCCUUCCUCCAAAAGCGGCUACAGAGCUCGUUCUUUUCGAUCAGGAUUGAUCCUCUGGUAGACCAUGUGAAAAUCGACAAGAAUGAGGUAGAUAUGUAG